GUGAGGGCUCCUAUAUAUAACUCGGCUCUAGGUGUACAUGAGGCAGAUCUUUUUAAGACGGCGGCUACUCUGAUUAGUUUUAUCUACCCAGCACAAAAUCCAGACCUCCUGAAAAAACUUGCAGAAAAAAGAACUACUGUCUUGGCUAUGGAUCAGGUUCCACGGGUCACCAUUGCUCAGGGAUAUGAUGCACUGAGCUCCAUGGCCAACAUUGCUGGUUACAAGGCUGUGGUGCUGGCAGCAAAUCACUUUGGCCGAUUUUUCACAGGUCAGAUCACAGCUGCUGGUAAAGUUCCUCCAGCAAAGGUGUUGAUCAUCGGAGGAGGAGUUGCUGGCCUGGCUUCUGCAGGAGCAGCUAAAUCGAUGGGUGCAGUGGUUCGUGGAUUUGAUACUAGAGCUGCAGCUCUGGAACAGUUCAAGUCUCUUGGUGCUGAGCCUUUGGAAGUAGAUUUAAAAGAAUCUGGAGAAGGACAAGGUGGUUAUGCUAAAGAAAUGUCCAAAGAAUUUAUUGAGGCUGAAAUGAAACUCUUUGCCAAACAGUGCCAAGAUGUUGAUAUUAUCAUCACCACAGCACUUAUUCCAGGCAAAAAAGCUCCCAUCUUGUUUAAGAAAGAUAUGAUUGAAUCAAUGAAGGAAGGUUCAGUUGUUGUGGAUUUAGCUGCAGAAGCGGGGGGAAACAUUGAGACUACAAAGCCUGGAGAAAUGUAUGUUCAUAAG